UUAAAGUGGAAAUAUACAUUAAAAACACACGCAAGCGUAUUUUUCUGGCUAAGGUACCAGCUGCCUUGCCCCGAUGGAAGUCGUUUUUCAGAAACAGCGGCUUUUUUAGGUUCCAGAACGUAUCCCUGAGCUUCAGCGGGCCGAGAGUGACGCCGGGGUCAGAAGGCGGAGGCCAGAAGGCCAAAUUGGCGGGAAAAUGUCUGUGGUCCACGAUCAGAGGCGCCGUGACGUCUUGAGCUUCAUAGUUUCGGGAGUAAUGUGAAGAUUCUUGUUCUUCUGGAAGCUGCUGAGACUAAAACAUAAACAGUGCCAAAGUGGUAACAGAAGAAUUCUUGAGAUAAAGCAUUUUUGCCCUGUGCUUGGAUAGCUGGUAGUCCUGCCAUGGCUCCUGUGAAGAUCAGCCAUGUGGUUUCAUUUUCCUCUCAGGAUCCCAAGUAUCCUGUGGAGAACUUGCUGAACCCAGAUAGUCAGAGGGGGCCUUGGCUUAGCUGCCCUCAGGACAAGAGCCGGCAACUGAAAGUGGAACUACAGCUAGAGAGAGCAGUGCCCAUUAGCUAUAUCGAUAUAGGUAACUGUGGCUGUGCUUUCCUGCAAAUUGAUGUGGGCCGUUCUUCCUGGUCCCUAGACAGACCUUUCAUCACCCUGCUCCCUGCAACCAUGCUAAUGUCCCUCACUGAUUCAAAGCAAGGGAAGAACCGCUUAGGGGUCCGAAUGUUUAAAAAUGAUGAUUUCCUGGCUCCAGCCUCAGGAGAAUCAUGGGAUCGACUUCGCCUGACUUGUUCCCAACCCUUCACACGUCAUCAAUCAUUUGGCCUGGCCUUUCUGCGAGUGCGUUCCUCUCUGGACUCCUUAGAUGACCCUGUGAUGGGUCUCUCAGCCUCUGUGAGCUCUGAGCUAAGCCAGGGCUCUUCUGACACUCAGGCAUCUGAUCCUCACCCAUGGCUGGCUAAUCCUUCUAUCCGGAGAACAUUCUUCCCAGAAGCCCAGACAAGCCCCAAGGAAAUUUCAGAGCUCAAGGAUAUCCUAAAGCAGCUGCAACCAGGGACUCUGGGGCGUUCAGCCCGCAUGGUGCUUUCUGCAGCCCGCAGGGCACCUUCAGCCAGUGUGACAAGCCCAAAGAGCAAUCAUGCAGAACCAGGUCCCAGUCUUCCAAAGAAUGCAGAGCCCAGAGCACAGGAGCAAAGCUCAGAGAAUAAUGUGAGCAGGACAAAGAGACGAAAAAUGCAGAACCAAAGGCCUCUGACCAAGUCAAACUUCCAGCCGAACAGGAGGGGGACAGUAAGGGCAGGGCAAAGAGAACGCCGAUCCCAGGCCCCAAACAAUGCUGUCCAGGAGAGUGAACAGUGCCCCAUUUGUGCAGGUUCCUUCAGCAUUGAAAUUCUUCCCCUGCAUGCUGCCACUUGUGGAGAGACCUCCCCGCCUCACCCAGCUUCUCCCUCCUCACCAUCUUCAUCCCAGUCUAUAUUAAGAGUUCAUUGUGUGGCACUAACACCAGUUCCCCUGGUCCCCAGGCUACAGCCUAACUGGACUGAGAUCGUGAACAGAAAGCUCAAGUUCCCGCCUCCACUCUUGGGUGCCAUCCAAGAGGGGCGACUGGGUCUUGUGCAGCAGCUGCUGGAGUCAGGGAUCGAGACCACAGGCAGUGGGCCAGGUGGGCCCCUGCGGAAUGUGGAAGAGGCUGAGGAUCGCUCCUGGAGGGAAGCCCUCAACCUGGCCAUCCGCCUGGGUCAUGAAGCCAUCACCGAUGUGUUACUGGCCAAUGUCAAGUUUGAUUUUCGGCAGAUCCAUGAAGCCCUGCUAGUAGCAGUGGACACAAACCAGCCAGCAGUGGUGCGUCGCCUGCUGGCCCGGCUAGAAAGGGAGAAGGGUCGCAAAGUAGACACCAGGUCUUUCUCACUGGCUUUCUUUGACUCAUCAAUCGAUGGCUCCCGCUUUGCACCUGGUGUCACUCCACUCACCCUGGCCUGCCAGAAGGACCUGUAUGAGAUUGCGCAGUUGCUCAUGGACCAGGGCCACACCAUUGCCCGGCCCCACCCUGUCUCCUGCGCUUGUCUCGAGUGCAGUAAUGCCCGCCGCUAUGACCUGCUGAAGUUCUCUCUGUCCCGCAUCAACACCUACCGAGGCAUUGCUAGCAGGGCCCACCUCUCACUGGCCAGUGAGGAUGCCAUGCUGGCUGCCUUCCAGCUCAGCCGUGAGCUCAGGCGUCUUGCACGCAAGGAGCCUGAGUUUAAGCCUGAGUACAUUGCCCUGGAGUCAUUGAGCCAGGACUAUGGCUUCGAGCUGCUGGGUAUGUGCCGGAACCAGAGCGAGGUCACUGCAGUGCUCAACGACACGGGUGAGGACAGCGAGGCUGAGCCUGAGGCUGAGGGACUGAACCAAGCCUUUGAGGAGGGCAUCCCCAACCUGGCAAGACUGCGACUGGCCGUCAACUACAACCAGAAGCGGUUUGUAGCACACCCCAUCUGCCAGCAAGUCCUAUCUUCCAUCUGGUGUGGGAAUCUGGCCGGCUGGCGUGGAAGCACUACCAUCUGGAAGCUCUUUGUCGCCUUCCUCAUCUUCCUCACUAUGCCCUUCCUCUGCCUCGGCUACUGGCUGGCGCCCAAGUCUCGGCUGGGCCGCCUGCUGAAGAUCCCAGUGCUGAAGUUCCUGUUACACUCCGCCUCCUAUCUAUGGUUUCUCAUCUUCCUGCUGGGAGAAUCCCUGGCCAUGGAGACACAACUGAGCACUUUCCGUGGCCGCAGCCAGAGUGUCUGGGAGACUUCACUACACAUGAUUUGGGUCACAGGCUUCCUGUGGUUCGAGUGUAAGGAAGUAUGGAUCGAGGGCCUGCGCAGUUACCUCCUGGACUGGUGGAACUUCCUGGAUGUGGUCAUUCUGUCCCUGUACCUGGCAGCCUUCGCACUGCGCCUCCUCCUGGCUGGGCUUGCCCACAUGCACUGCAGGGAUGCUGCUGAAGGCGCUGCCUGCCACUAUUUUACCACUGCUGAACGAAGUGAGUGGCGCACUGAGGACCCCCAGUUCUUGGCUGAGGUGCUUUUUGCUGUCACCAGCAUGCUCAGCUUCACCCGCCUGGCCUACAUUCUGCCAGCCCACGAGUCAUUGGGCACUCUGCAGAUUUCUAUUGGCAGGAUGAUUGAUGACAUGAUACGGUUCAUGUUCAUCCUCAUGAUCAUCCUUACCGCCUUCCUCUGUGGCCUAAACAACAUCUAUGUGCCCUACCAGGAGACAGAGCGGCUGGGCAAUUUCAACGAGACUUUCCAGUUUCUAUUCUGGACCAUGUUCGGCAUGGAGGAGCACAGUGUGGUGGACAUGCCUCAGUUUCUGGUGCCUGAAUUUGUGGGCCGGGCCCUCUAUGGCAUUUUUACCAUCGUCAUGGUCAUUGUGCUGCUCAACAUGCUCAUAGCCAUGAUUACAAACUCCUUCCAGAAGAUCGAGGAUGAUGCUGAUGUGGAGUGGAAGUUUGCUCGCUCCAAGCUCUACCUGUCCUAUUUCCGAGAGGGCCUGACUCUGCCUGUGCCCUUCAACAUCCUGCCCUCCCCCAAGGCCUUCUUCUACCUUCUCAGGAGAAUUUUCCAGUUUAUUUGCUGUUGCUGCUCCUGCUGCAAAACCAAGAAGCCAGACUAUCCUCCAAUUCCCACUUAUGCCAACCAGGGGGCAGGGGCAGGGCCUGGGCCUGGGGAGGGAGAGCGUGGGUCCUACCGCCUCCGUGUCAUCAAGGCUCUGGUACAGCGCUACAUUGAGACUGCCCGGAGAGAGUUCGAGGAGACACGUCGGAAAGAUCUGGGCAACAGACUGACAGAGUUAACCAAAACUGUAUCUCGACUGCAAAGUGAGGUAGCUGGUGUUCAGCGAACGUUGGCAGCAGGAGGGAUACCCCGGCCUCCUGAUGGUGCCAGCAUCCUCAGCCGCUACAUCACCCGAGUGCGCAAUAGUUUCCAGAACCUGGGGCCCCCCAUCCCUGAGACCCCAGAGCUAAUCAUGUCAGGGAUUGUAGGAACUCAAAACUCUUCAGAAACCGGACUUCAGACUGCUGGAGAGGCUGGGGCUGCAGCUUCAGGAGAGUCUGGCCCUUCCUCCCCAGCUCAUGUGCUGGUGCACAGGGAGCAAGAAGAGGGGGCUGGGGAUGUGCCCCCAGAGGAGACUCUGGGGACCAAUGAAGGUUCCUAAUGCCAUGGAAGGGCCCCUUCUUCUACAUUCAGCA